AUGCCAAAAUCUACUACCACUACCACAGCUAUUCCAGAUGACAACUAUUUAGCUUACGACUACGAUACCGACUAUGACAUCUAUAAAACAAUCUAUAAUAUUUCCACGAAAACAAAUUUGUAUCUAGAAAUUGCAACGAUAAUUGUGAACUUUUUCCACUUAAUAGUUCUCCUACAAAAAGAGAUGCGAUUAUGUGCAGUAUACAUUUUCAUGAUUGGACUCUGCAUAUCCGACAUUAUCCUCACAUCCAUAAAUUUUUACAAUCAAGCCGGAGAACUCGGAUGGCUCCCAAUACUUUUUGCUGGCUCUGAUGGAAUUUCUUGUUUGAGAGAAGACUAUAUUGAGAUUAAUAUCGGUAUGCUAUCGAUGUCUACUACAAGCCAAAUAACUUGUCGGUUAUCUUUAUGGCUGGCCAUUCUGAUGGCCGUUAUCAGACUGUUAUCAGUGACUUUUCCCAUGAGCCAGAGAGUUAAGAAUUUCACGGCGGCAAAAGGAUCGGUGAUAAUUUUGAUAAUAUGUCUGAUGUUUUGGAUACUGUAUUCAACUUGGCAGUUUGCAUUGUUUCGUGUACUUUGGUUGCCAGAUAAUGCGAGUGAACUAUGUCAAGUAAUGUUCGAAAGUUCUAUAAAACCUCGAUACGUUCUUGCAACACCUGCAAAUUUGCCCCAAAUGCUGAGUAACUGGGGUUUUAUUGAAUUCAUUGUGAACUUCUCUUCUGCAAUUAUUUAUCCACUUCUCACUAUAUCAUUGCUGAUAGCUCUACUGAAAAUUAAGCAACGAAGGCAAAACCUUCAAAGAAAAGACACCGAACCUGCUGAUAACACAACCAAGUUGAUAUUAUUCAUGACGAUCACUUUUGUUUUAUCAGAGGGGUUAAGCGGAUUUAAUGCAUUACUCAUGUAUAAUAUUGAGAAGAUUGAAGAAAACUGCCCAGAUUUCGUGUAA